UCUCCAACCACCGGAAAGAGAGAGAAGAAGGAACAAACACACACGAAGAUCUCUCCCUCUCUCUCUCUCUAUAUAUCUCUUUCUCUAUCGCUCCGCCGCGCCACAAUCACUGAGAUGCGGCGGUGUAACAACAACACUGGCAAAUUCUCUCUGAUUAAAACGAUGAGGUUUCUAUUUCUCGUGUUUCUGAUCUGUGGUUUCUUCUCUCUUGCUUUGUCCGCCGAGUCCGACGAUAUCGAGACUGACUCAGUUAUCAAACGUGAUGAGAUCAAUGGUACCUUCGUUGAGUCCAAUGUGACGAAACCUAAGGAGGAUAGUUUCGCUGAUAUGAUCGAUCGAGCACUUGAGAAAGAGUUUCCUGAGAAUGACCAGAACGAUGUUCCUGAUCCAGGAAGCUUCAACAAUAGUGUUGCUGAUCAGCAGGCUGUUCUAGAGACUGUUGCUCGAGUUAAGCCAAAGAAAAAUGAAACCAAGACCAAGGAGGAGAAAUCAUUCUUUAACUUGGAUAACGAGAAUGGCGUAGAAGAUACUCCAAGACUCAUAGAUAGGAAGGACAACGUUUUUAUAAUGUCCAAUCCAAAAUCCAAGUACCCUGUACUGCAGCUAGAUUUAAGGCUGAUAUCAGAUUUGGUUGUCGUCAUUGUUUCUGCUACUUGUGGUGGAAUUGCCUUUGCUUGUGCUGGUCAACCGGUCAUUACUGGGUACCUAUUGGCUGGAUCUGUCAUUGGACCGGGUGGGUUAAGCUUUGUUAGUGAAAUGGUGCAGGUUGAAACAGUAGCACAGUUUGGUGUUAUCUUUCUCCUUUUUGCUUUAGGAUUAGAAUUUUCUGCAGCGAAGCUUCGUGUGGUUCGUGCAGUAGCUAUUCCAGGAGGUCUUCUUCAGAUAUUUUUGUUCAUGUGCUUGAGUGGAAUAACAGCCUCGUUAUGUGGCGGUAAACUAACAGAAGGAAUAUUUGUAGGCGCAUUUCUUUCGAUGUCAUCAACAGCAGUGGUUUUGAAAUUUUUAAUGGAAAGAAAUAGCAUAAGUGCUCUACAUGGCCAAAUAACCGUUGGAACACUUAUUCUUCAGGAUUGUGCUGUGGGCUUGCUGUUUGCUCUCCUGCCAGUCCUUGGUGGCACUUCUGGUGUCCUUCAAGGAGUGUUGUCCAUGGCUAAAUCGUUGGCUAUUUUGAUUGCUUUUUUGGGUGCUUUGUUUGUAUUAUCCCGCACCUGGGUACCUUGGUUUCUAAAACUUAUGACAAGCCUUUCUUCUCAGACUAAUGAGCUCUAUCAGUUGGCCGCUGUAGCAUUUUGCUUGCUUGUCGCUUGGUGUAGUGACAAGCUCGGUCUAAGUCUUGAGUUGGGUUCCUUUGCGGCAGGAGUGAUGAUCUCUACAACUGAUCUCGCUCAGCAUACUCUUGAACAGGUGGAACCCAUCCGCAAUUUUUUUGCAGCACUGUUCCUUGCUAGUAUCGGCAUGCUGAUACAUAUGCACUUCUUGUGGAACCAUGUUGACAUUCUGUUAGCAGCUGUGUUACUUGUGAUAGUGAUAAAGACUGUUGUAGUUGCGAUAGUUGUUAAAGUCUUUGGAUACAAUAACAAAACUGCAGUACUUGUUGGAAUGUCCCUUGCACAGAUUGGGGAGUUUGCUUUUGUUCUGCUAAGUCGAGCAUCUAAUCUUCACCUAAUUGAGAGCAAAUUGUACCUCCUGCUUCUGGGAACAACAGCCUUGAGCCUGGUAACAACACCAUUGCUAUUCAAGUUGAUACCAGCCGUUGUACAUUUAGGAGUGCUCUUACGGUGGUUUUCCCCCGACAGCUCAACCGAGAUUGGUUUCAAAGGAGAGUUGUAUCACUCAGAGAGUGCAAAGCGUAUAUCUCUGAUGAUUCAAGGUUCGCUACACGACUCUUGAAGUAUUGAUGACGUUCAGCAUAACACGCAACAUGAAGCCAAUUUUGGUCUCUCAAGCAAGGGAAAGGCAAUGAAUGGGAGCUUCCAGAUGUAUAGAUGCAUUGAGAGAGAUCAGAAGAAAACCCCAAGAGGAACCCCCUGUAUAAAAUCUCUACACGAAGAUAAUUACACAGACUUGUAACUUCACUUCAAUUUUCUUUUCUUUUUUAUUAAAUGUUUUGGGAUUCUUUUUUUUGAGUAAAAAAAAAAGGUAGGAAGAGGUUAUUUUUUAGUUUGUUUCCCGCAUCAAAAUAAGAAACAUUUUCACCGUAUUGUAGCCUUGUAGGUAUAUACCAAGUUUCGUAUGUGAGAUUGUGUUUGGUCAA